CAGGAGUAGUAACGGUGGAGAUACAAGAGCGUGGAUGAUGUCUGUCACAUGAAGUCACUGCUGGGCGGCUGGCGUUUUAAGCUGUACAGAAAAAUAGUGCCUUUGAAGUCCAGAUAUAACUUCUGUUAGCAUUCUUCCAUGGUUUAUGUCUCCGCUGCGCUGUAGAACAGAGUAGUGUUGACGGUAAUGUAGCGGGAGGAGCUAACAGCUAGCUUACGUUACUUAACCUACUACCAGUUGGUUAAACAUCCGCUGAAGAUCCCGCAGACGACUCAAAGUUAAACAUCAAGAGUGGGAUAUCAACCCCUAAGAACCAUUCGAGCUGGUGUGAGCUUCAAGCUCUCACCUUUCUGUGGUACUUGCACCCCCGUCCUCCCUGUGAGUUAAAUGCAUGAGUGUUCUUGGUGAAUCCGUGGGGAUGGGAAGUGGAGUCCAGAAAAAGCUGUCCCCGCUGACGAAAGGAGAGGUCCUGCCGACCACUUCCUCCAGCCAGUCGGAAGCAAGCUCUGAGGACAUCCAGCAGAGUCGAUCAGUCCUCAAUUCGCUUUUCUCUGGGGCUUUAGCCGGAGCCGUGGCCAAGACCGCCGUGGCCCCGUUGGACAGAACUAAAAUCAUCUUCCAAGUGUCCUCAGCAAGAUUCUCCGCCAAGGAAGCUUAUAAACUGAUCUACCGCACCUACCUGAAGGAUGGCUUCCUCAGUUUGUGGAGGGGGAACUCCGCUACGAUGGUGCGAGUCAUCCCCUACGCUGCCAUCCAGUUCUGUGCACACGAGCAGUACAAAAGGCUGCUGGGGGGAUAUUAUGGCUUCCAGGGGAAGACUCUCCCUCCAAUCCCCAGGUUGGUGGCUGGGUCUCUGGCUGGGAUCACAGCAUCCAUGCUGACAUAUCCUCUGGACAUGGUGAGGGCCAGAAUGGCUGUCACUCCCAAGGAAAUGUACAGCAACAUUUUACAUGUUUUUGUGCGAAUCUCUCGAGAAGAGGGCAUGAAGACGUUGUAUCGAGGUUUCACUCCGACCAUCCUUGGUGUCGUACCCUACGCUGGUCUCAGCUUCUUUACUUAUGAAACGCUAAAAAAGUUACAUGCAGAGCACAGCGGCCGCUUGCAGCCUUACUCCUAUGAGCGUCUGGCUUUCGGAGCCUGCGCCGGCCUCAUCGGCCAGUCGGCGUCCUACCCUCUGGAUGUGGUGAGGCGGCGCAUGCAGACCGCAGGGGUCACAGGUCACACGUACGGCACCAUCCUGGGCACCAUGAAAGAAAUCGUGUCCGAGGAGGGGGUUAUCCGAGGCCUGUACAAAGGUCUCAGCAUGAACUGGGUCAAAGGACCUGUAGCAGUGGGGAUCAGCUUCACCACCUUUGACCUCACACAGAUCCUCCUGAGGAAGCUGUAUCAAAAGGGAUAAACCCAGUAGCACCAGAGACCCAGAGAGGACGCCGCCGAGAGUGGAGUGACCUGAUCCCACGCGCUGCUGGACAUGAAGCAGAACAGGAAACUGAGAGAAUGUUUAUUAGUGGAAAGAAACAAACGCACAAAGACUAACAACGGGCUCCUUAGGUUGAAACGUGAGGUGAACGUACCUGCUACAACCUGUUAAGUGCAAUAUGAUCACUUUAUUGCGUGCUUAUAAAUUGUAAUGCUCCAGCCCUGUGGAGAGGAUUUCUGUGAAAGUUUAGAGGUAUGGACAUGGAGGUCUCACUUUGGGUUUAAGCCGUUAAACCAAAGGUAAUAAUCUGAGUUUGUUACAGAUUAUAUGUUGGUAUGUUUAAAAACAGAGUUGAGUUUUUUUCCCCACCACUGUAUGUCAUAGCACUAACCACAGCAACUAGAUCAAAAGUUCAAGGUGUUUUCAACUUCACCCACAGGUAAUUAAAUAAACACACAAGCUGUUUUAUGCCAGUGCCAAGACAGUUGAGUAUUAAGUGUCUAUAUUGUUUAUGUUGAUUUCAGUGUAGACAUGUUAGCUUUUUAAAAAGAUUUUUUUUUAAAAGUGCAUCAGUACAGAUUUCGUGCCCCCCUGACAUGUGGUUGUUGAGGAAUACAUCGUUCUGAUCUCUUAAUCAAACACUUCCUGAUGUAAUCCAGUAAAACGCCCCCUAGUGAAUAUCAUCGUUGUUAGGUUUACAGUCUUGUUGCUGCUAGCGCUGUAGCUAAUUUGUUUUUAACUAGUGUUGAGGAUUGAAGAUGUCCAAGACUGAGGCAUUUUAACGACCCUCCUUAUCUGGAUACAGGUGAUGUCUUCCGUUUGCUGUCAGUACUGAUAGCUUCUUGGUGUGUUUCCAUACAUAUUUUUAGAAGAGAAAAUAUGAUUACUGUGGCUGUGAAAGGUCACUGAAACAACUUUGAAAUCUCCCUUUCGGGGAGGAUUAACAGUGUAGAGCUGUAGCAGCAGGGACUGUCUGAAUAAGCCGACUGGAAAUAUGCAAACACCUACCUAAUAUGUGAUUUAAAAAAAAAUUUUGUUGUACUUUUUGUAGCGUUCUCAGUGUUGUCUUUAUCUAACUAUAACACAUUGUGAGUUGGUGUCAAGCAAACGACUUUCUACAGCCAAAUUGCUCAUUUUGCCUUCAGUUCAGCAGCUUAACACUGGGACAUUAUUGAUGCAAGCUGACUGUCGCUGAAGAGCGCCAGUGGUUUCUAUACUUAGAACUGACAUACCAAGGCAGGAUGGUUGAGCUCCUAAUGCACAGCCAAGUGGAGCAGAGUGCAGGUCCAGGCAGACUGGAGAGCAGGACAUGAUUUGUAUUUUAUGCCCUUAUGGAGCUGAACAACAUAAUUUAAUGUUUGAUUGAUGCAUUUUCUUUCUAUGUCCUCCAUAAUUUUUUGCAGCCCUCAUAAAGAUGCGUAAAAAAAGCGUUUGGACAAAUUAGUUUUUUCUUUCUUGCAUGUGAAAAUAAAACAACCGAGCACAUUUAUUCAUGCGGUGGGGGGAAUCCCAGUUAAAUCCCCUCAGGGUAUAUAUACUCUGAUGCACUCCAAUGGGAUUCCCAGGGCUACGGAAGUGAAACUAGCCCACAGCAUUACAGAUCCUCCACCAUACCAAGCAGCUGGUUUUGAGCUCCUUUCCUACAUAGUACAUCCUUUGUUUCACAACAACCUCUGCUGUUUUUAUUUUUAUUUUUUUGCCAAAAAUCAGUCCCAUCUGACCAAAGCACAAGGUUUCAGUAAAAUUCUAAGUGGGAUGCUUUUGAACUCAUCUCCUACGAGCUACUGGGAACCAGUAAUCGCCAGUUGCAUUCAUAUCGAUUUCCGAUCCAACUUUGUAGUGACAAACCUUGAUCAGCUUUGAGUCUGUAACCAUGACGACGUCUGAGCCAGCGCAUGAGGCUCAAAUAACACGGUAACUACAGCCUGAAUGAAGGUUAAUUUCUGACACAAGUGCCUAGCAGCAACAGCUUCGUUUUUAACAUAACUGAGUUGAUUCUGCUAACCUAUGUUGACGUUUUCACGUGGUUUUGAAGUGACGAGUGUUUAAGAAUCAGCAGCUGUUUGAAAGACGUUUUAAUAUCAGUGACUGAAUGUAUUAACUACUGUACAGGUCCAGAUUUACUAUGUGAAUUUUGUAAGACUAACUGCCUUGCAGAGUAUUUUUGCCUGAGGUUUUAUCGUUCUUAUACAAGAUUCCCAGUUCAUUCCAACACUUUUUGGGCUGAUAUUUAAGGAGUUUCAUUUUAAAAUGAUUUUUAAAAAUGACAUUUAAUGUCUGCUUCUCUACAGAGAGGACAGAAAGACAAUCAGAAAAAUGCCAAAAUAAAGGUGGAGGUUUUGCUCGUUAAUCGGAUAAAAUUGGAUGACAACAGCUUUAAUAGAAAAAAAAUAACUAUGCUGCGGCAGAUGAUAUUGUGGAGUUUACUGUGGUUGCAGCUGUUUUUGUAACUCCUUAAUUUGUGCCAAUUGAAUGUAACAUAGCUACUAAAUAGCCUCAUCAUCUGUCCACUCUAUAGUGAUGACGGUGUAUCUGUGGGAGUAUGUUCAAAUAUCAGACUCUGCAAAUAAAACUGGAUGUUCAAGGUGCA